AUGUUCCCGAGCGAGGGCGACGACGGCGCGGGCGGUUUCGUCGAGGAGGAUCCGGUGGGGGAUUACCUGAGCGUCAUCGCCGCGGCGUCGGAUUGCACGGAGGACGUGGAGUAUCGCAUGGCGUGUUUGCGGUGGUUCGCGCGCGCGUGGUUCGACGAAGCGUCGACGAAGUCGUCGUCGAGACCCACGAGGCGAGACGCGUUGAACGCGGUGGCGGUGCUCGACGGAGCGACGCGCGCGCUGGAGAAGCACCUCGCGAGCGACGGCGAUCGCAACGCCAUGGAUGGUUUGGAGAAACACGUCGUCGUCAUCGCCGAGAUGCUUCGCUUCAUCGCCCUCGAUGACGCUAUCGAUGAUUAUUUCGACAAAGACGUUCUGGGCGAGCGUUCGCUGCUCGGCGCGAUCGAGUCGAUUUGCCGUAUCACGCGCUCAGUUCUAUCUCUGUACACGAAAAGCGCGUCGGGCGACGUCAAUGAGUCGUUGGCGAUCAUGCUGGUGUACCUGUUGGAAAUCGUCGAGCUGUUUACGGCGGACACCAAUGCGUACGAAGACAUCGGCACCCUUCUCAGAGCCGACAUCGUCGCCAUCUUUUCGAUGCCGCGCGCCAAGUUCAUCCAGUUGUGGUCCCCGCAUGGCGACAUCGGUUCUCGGGUGACUCGACACCUUCUCGUCGAGUCUCACGCGAACACACCGGCGCACACGCUGUCCUUGUUCCGCAUCGUCGGCAACUUUCACGACGUCGAUCUAGGACUGGUGGAAACGAGCGUCGCCCUAGAAAACUUGCUGACGCUUCGUACGACGCUCGAAGGAGAGGUCGGGGCAAAGGCGCCGACGCAGGAAGAGAUGGAUAAUUUCGCGCUAGCCAUUCAAGCGUGGACGCGUUAG